AUGGAGAUCGAACAACAACACCCACCUCAAGUCCACUCCACCACCACUAACCCCACCACAACUACCGCCACCACCACUAUCCCCUCCACCACCUCCGCCGCCGCCGCCCCUGAACCAACCAAAUCCGUAAAACCCAAACACCUCCUCAUCCUCCUCUUCAACAUCCUCGUCCUCCUCAUAGGAGGCAGCGGCAGCCCCCUCAUCAUCCGCGUCUACUUCCUCCACGGCGGAAACCGCAAAUGGUUCACCUCUUUCCUCCAAACCGCCGGCUUCCCUUUCCUCCUCCUCCCCCUCCUCUUCUCCUUCCUCCGCUCGCCCCGCCGCCACUUCUUCCUCAUCUCCCCUUUCCUCCUCCUAUGUUCCGCCUUCAUCGGCCUCUUAACCGGAAUCGACAACUUGUUCUACUCCUACGGUAUAUCUUACCUCCCCGUCUCCACUUCCUCUCUACUCAUCUCCACCCAACUCGCCUUCACCGCCGUCUUCGCCUACUUCAUCGUUAAGCAAAAGUUCGGGGCUUCAUCAAUAAAUGCGGUGGCAUUGCUGACAGUUAGUGCGGUGGUGCUCGGCGUGCACGCUAAUGGCGAUCGACCGGAAGGGGAAUCGAAUUCCAAGUACUAUAUGGGGUUUGCUAUGACGCUCGCCGCGGCGGUUCUGUAUGGGCUGGUCUUGCCAUUGGUAGAGCUCAUGUACAUUAAGUCUAAGAUGAAGAUCGGUUAUACUUUGGUGAUGGAGAUACAGCUUGUGAUUGGGCUCGUCGCCACCGCUUUCUGCACCGUCGCACCGCUUUCUGUACCGUCGGGAUGGCGAUCAACAAGGAUUUUCAGGUGA